AUCGAAUACAUGCCCACAAGUGCGGAGUCUGGCGCUGUCGACGGCGAGAUCAAGGUAUCUGGUGGCACGCACCAGCUUUGGCGUGAUAUGGCAUGAAUUUGUGACACAACACCCACUAAAUGCCCAAACUACACAACAAGUGCAUGCAAUCAGGGAGCUUUGCAUGCAAGUUUAAACCUAUCAAAGCGCACUGCUUCGCGAUAAGUACUACCACGUAGAUGGGUUGUGUUUCUUGCCGGAAGCUUUGAUACCUAUCCAGGAGAAGGUUUUGACAGCCAGGACCGAGCGCGGCAAACAAAUCGUAUCCAACUAGAGACAUGAAGUAGAUGCAAUCUAGCAUGACAAAUUAGAUUGACUAGCGCUUUUGAUGUAGUUGCCGACGCUGGACAUAGUCUGGAAGUGCGCUCGAUGUGGUCUCGCAUGACAAGCUAGUAUGCUUUCUACUUCGUUUUUUUUCUUCCAUGAGAAGGACUUCGGUGCCCACUUCGCAGGUAUCAAGGUGGUUUCUGCGCACUAAUGUCUUCCUUCUCAGUAUUGAAUUGCUACCUAAUCCCAGCGCAUCCAUGAAAUUUCCACCGGUUGGCAAACUCAUAUGCAGUACGUACCAAAACCGCCAACUCCAGAGCAUCCGGAAAGCCCUACUCCGAUUCCGACGCGGAUUUUUUGCUUCUCCACUGCAGAACAGCUCCAGAACCAAACCAAUUUGGAGAACUACACGGCUCGGCGCUAAUACCAUGGCAUGUCUUGGUGGAGGGGGGCUAUGUUGCAACAAAAGGAACUAGGUACUUUUUUGUGUAUGUCUAAUGCUGGAUACAGAUUAAAGGGUCACUCUAUAGGAUAACGCAGCGCGUUUCUCAUGCAAUAUGGGACAAAAAUAGGCACUGUUUUUUUAUGAGAGAAAGAAAAGCACAAAUAUUACGACACAGGACUGCAGCUGCAACAGCAGGACGGAC